AUGAAAUUGGCCGACACCAUCCUCGUUGCCCUCCAGGCAUCGAUGGGCUUGGCCUUGGUCCUCCCCAAUGAUGAUAUGAAGAAGGCAUUGACACAACACAAGCACAAUGAUGCCGAACCCGACGAGAAGGAGUUUCACGGCUAUGAAACAAUCACCAAGAUCACUUCACACCGAUACUUUGGGGUCAAGGACCACAAGCAUCAUCAUGAAGAGAAGAAGCAUGACGACGACGACACCGAUGAUGAUGACGAUGACGAUGGCAGGGAAGAGCAUAGUAACCAGCCUCAAAAAGCAAAGGAGAAGCAUAAAAAUGAUGAUGAUGGUCAUAAGGAACAUCACUCCCAUGACUUCAAGAAGAAGCAACAUGAUGAAGAAGAUGACGACAAGGAUGAGGAUAAGAAUAAGAAUAAAAAGGAGAAACCCAAACUCAUCUUCCCAACAGAAGAGUUCAAGAAGGCCAAGAAGAAGCACGAGGAGGAAUUCCCACGGCUCAAAGAUCAUGCGCGGGAGACUCCCAAGUCCGACGACAAGUCGAAAUCGCUAGAGGAUGCCGUGGAGAAAAUUAAAAAGGAAACCAAGCAGAAAUUACCUUUCGAAAACAUUGUGCUGGAGACCCCCAAGCGCUACAACAAGCACAGGAAUGGAGAGAAACAGGUCAAGGAAGACAAGAAGGAACAGACCAACUCGAGGGAUGGCAAAAUGUACAACUUUAUUCAUCGAAAUGGAAUGGAUGUCAAGCGCGAUAUCGACAUCAACAUUCAUGCUCCAACCUACAAGAUUUACCAUAAUUCCGACAAGAAGCAUGGCCAUGGCGACGCAGAACUUAUCAAAAUCUUUCAUGUGAGCUCGGAGGAGUCGACUCAUGAAACGAAGGAUCACAAGUAUAAGCAUGAUGGCGAACAGAAACACAAGGAGCCAACAAAGGAGCACCAUUCCUUUCCAAAGUCCCACCAUAAGAAUGUUGAGUCUAAGAACCAUGAUGGUCACGACAAGGGUCACUUUGGAAGUGAGAAGAAGUAUCCCCAGUCAAGCAAAGGCCGCAACCAGACUCAAGGGCACCGCCACACGCCUGUUGUACAAGUUACCAAGAAGAUUCUCGAGCUGAUCGGCCCGCUCUUAAAAAAGGAAAAUGGCAGUCAUGGCUCUUCCAAAAAGCCAUCCCAUCAGUACAAGUCUUAUCCUUCUCACGUUUACUCUGAUAAGGGCAGACCUAGCCCUCACGACAAUCGCUACCCCGACAACCAGAACACUCACGAUGGCGAUAAGCCCAAGAAUGGACACGAGAAGUCUGAUCAAGCAGAGAAGGAGAAGAAUGAUGCACUGCGAAGAAUCAUCGAAUCCCUCGCCGACCUUCUUGCCAAGAAGGAGGCCCCUAAACACCACCUCAAGAAGACUCACCCAUCCGAAGACGAUCAUGACUCGCACCAUGAGUCCGAGAAAAAGCACCAUUCUCAUAAGAGGCCUUCAUAUCCAUACAAAGAGCAUGCCGAGUACAAGCAUGAUGACAACAAGAAGCAUGCCAAGUUGAGCCAAGACAGUUCCUCUCACUAUGAGCCUGGCUAUAACCAUGAGGAGGUGGACUCACAUCACGCCAAAAAGCAGAACGCCUAUUAUCAUGACCAUGAGGACUCGAAGAAGGGUCAAUACUCACAUAAUAAGCCCAUUUCCCAGUACGAGAAGAAAAUCAACGAUAAAGAUGACGAUGAGAAGAAUUAUAUCAAAGUGAUCAAGGAUCGCGUCUCGCAGCACAAGCCAACUCUUCAUAAUGAGAAGCCGGAUCAUCAUCACCAUCAUCAUCAUCAUCAUCAUCAUCAUCAUGACAAGGAUAAUGAGCAUGCUAAGAGACCCAAGCCUCAUCAUAACCAUCAAGAGGCUGAGCACCAUGGGGACUCUAAGAAAUCAGAGGACUACUACCCUUACAACAAACCGAAACACCAAUUCGAGGAGCAAUCUAAGCACAAUCACGACGAUGAUAACGAGCGUGGUCCAUUUUAUCAAAGAGUGAAGAUGGAUCGCAAGCCCAUCAAUUACUUCCCAAAGUCCGGACAUCAUAAGGACCACGAAGAUGAAACGAAGGCAUACAAAGAUCACCAGUCUCGUCUUGAAACUCACAUCAAAAGAUCUAGUAACCUUGUACCCAAGCUCAACACCACUCAAAUCCUCAACCUGGAAGCCCUUUCGCCACAGGACCGAAAGAGAAUCGCAAUGGGCCUGCCUCUAGAUUCUCAGACCAGAAAGGAGUUCGGCGAGUUUCAGGAUUGCACCCCCAAGCUGAUUACCAAGCUCAAUGUCAUGUAUGCUCGCAUCGUCGACGACCCCAAAUACGCACCUUUCAUCAAGUACCUCAACACAGAACGCAAGUUUCACAACAGAAAGAGAUCUGCUUCUGUGCUCACCCCAGAGAUGCUCGCAAAGAUCGAGGCUAUGCCUCCUAUGAUGCGUACCUUAGCUGCCGACCAACUUGAUUUUGGCCCGGAACUCAAGAAAGAGUUUAUAAAAGAGGGAAAGCUAUCUCCUGGUCUUAUCAGGAAGCUUGAGAAGGAGUACGAACGUAUUGCGAAGAACCCCAAAUAUAAGAAGAUCCUUGAGAAGCUCAAGUCUAAUGGGAAGCGAGCAGCCCCAAACCCACCACCGCCCAAGAUCCCCAAUGAGAUGCUGAAGAAGAUCGAAGCCAUGGAUCCAAUCCUACGCCGCUUCUUGGCAGAGAAACUCGAUCUUCCCGCGAAACUCACAGAUGAGUUUGUAGAUUGUGGAAAGCUCGACCAAGCGAUGAUUCACAAAAUCAACUGGGAGUAUGCCCGUAUUCACAAGGAUCCUAAAUAUAAGAAGAUCCUUCAAGAGUUCAACACCAAGUCCAAGCGAUCUAAGGGUCAGGACGAGAAUACCAAGGACGAACUCAUAACCCUGACAGACGACGAGAAGGAGAAGGUGGCCAAGCCCAAGGAGAAGGUCGAGGCCGAUGAGCCGCAAAGGCUCACUGAACAGCAGCUAGCGGUGUUAGCGAAUAUGCCUAAAUUGCAUCGCCGUGAAGUAGCCAAGAAGAUUGGAAUGCCUGAAGACCUGGCAAAAUGGUUCGUCAAGACCAAAAAGUUUACAGGUGAAAAUCUGGAGCGACUGAACGAGGAGUGGAUCCGAGUUCAAUUAGACCCUAAAUAUGAAGAUGUUGUCAAGUCGCUGAAGCAUCUGGCAGUCAAGGGAAAUAACAAAGCGAGGAAAGACAAGAUACGGAAGCGAUCUGUACACCAGCUUACCGAGAAGGAACUGGAACGUGUGCUUAAGUUGGACAAAUACGAGCGCCAGGCCCUGGCGAGAAGGCUUGGGCUGGACCAGUCACUCGCCCGUGAGUUCAUCAACGCAUCUAAGCCGAACACUGAUCUCCUCGAGAAACUCAACGAGGCUGUCUCCAAGAGUGUCGGUACUCCUCAAUACCAAGAACUUCUCAAGCUUGUUGAAGGAAGUGCGCCUGGAAUCGCCAAGAGCCUCGACUUCGACGAAUUCACCAGGGAUGAGUUUUUGGAGGCCAAGGAGCUGAAGGGCAGACUCUUGGACAAGGUCACGAAGUAUUGGGGGGUCAAGAGGAUGAAGAACGCAGAGCAAGGAAAGGAUGAUAUCAAGCACUCUGAAGUUAUAAACAAACUUCUCGGGUCAGCCCUGGACAAGGCGGGCCAAUCAGGUGAUGAUCUCCGGAGUAAGGGCACUGAUGGUAGGAAGCUUACCGAGGCUGAGCAGAAAAUGAAGGACAAGCUCGAAAAGACAAAAGAGAACGGAUGGUGCGAUGAGUUCGUCAGCGAGCUUGAGGACGCCUGGGGCCCUAAGAAGGAGAAAGAAGGAAACUGA